AUGUCCCAAACUCGAGCACAGUUAGACGCCCAGAGGAAGCGGCAAGCUCCAGCACCAAAGGAUCAAGGAAUGCGACCUCACGGUGUCGAGAAAUCACACAGGAGCACACCCGGAAAAGUCACUCAUCGCGGGCGACCUGUACCCAAGAUCCACCCACAUCCAUCGCAGGCAAACAUCGACCCAGGAGUAUGCCAAUUCCAUCCUACCCGCGAUGCCAUGCUAAUAUCUCUUUCACAGGAUUCACCACCGCCUCUCCGACGUAGAGACAGAAAGCGAUCGCACAUGGUUGAAUAUUCUGAGCACGGUCUUGACGGAUCCCCUCGGAAGCGGCAACGAACAUCCGUUCCACAACCUGCUGCUAAAGAUAUCUUCAGACAACAGCCGGUCAGCGGCGACGUCGACGAUUUGGUAGGCGUCGAAUUCUGGACGAGGGAAGGACACUGGCCACCAGAAUAUUUCGAGCCGAGCACUAUGGAGCAAGUACUCGCGAGGAAGCGAUCGUCGCCAUCUCUUCGCCGUAAGCGAUCGGGAUCGGGCAUCACUGCAUCUAGCGCUGUCACACCAAGCGAUCAGAAGCCGAGGGCGGAAAUGAGCGAAGGGCACCGCCUUUGCCACGACCUCCUCGACGGCGAACAGACGUUUCCCAAUGAGUCGAUAUUCGACGAUGAUGUGUUCAAGGACGCCUGCCAGAACCUGCAGAGACAGAAUGAAGCUAGAGUCCUUCAAGACAUUUCUCGGCUGAUCGUCCCUUCGGCGGAAACGCUUGGACUCCGCGCCAAGAACCUUAAACACAUCACCGAGAGCGUCAACGAGGGCUGGAACAACUCUAUCCCUCUAACCGGAACUCGUCCACAGCCCGACUACUCUGUGGGAUUCAGGCGCGAGGCGUUUACAGAUGAUCAGCUCCACAAGCUCUCGCCGUUCAUUGGCGACUGGUUAUCUGGAGACCUAUCAUACUUCAUGGCCACGUACUCUAUGUACUUUCCGUUCCUAGCGUGUGAAGUGGAGUGCGGCGACGCGGCGCUCGACCUCGUAGAUCACCAGAAUGCCCAUAGUAUGACCCUCGUAGUACGAGCCGUCGUUGAGCUCUUCCGCCUCGUGAACCGGGGGAAGGAGCUCCACCGUCAAAUCCUCGCCUUCUCUAUCUCUCACGAUCACCGAUCUGUACGGAUCUACGGUUACUACCCUGUGAUAUACAGGAAGAAUACAAAGUAUUAUCGCCACCCGAUCCGUACGUUUGACUUCACGGAACUGGACGGCAAGGAGAAGUGGACAGCAUACCGCUUUACGAAGAAUGUCUACGACAAGUGGAUGCCUGCACCACUUGAGAGGAUCCGCUCGGCCAUCGACCAGUUACCGUCUGAGUUACCGUCUGAGUUAGAUUUUGACGUAUCCUCGCUCCCCGAGGAAACCAGUCUUUCCCAAGACCUCGAAAGCCAUCCGUUAUCGCAGUCCAAUGCUAACUCCGCAUCAGCGCCGAAAGGUGACGAUAGUGAGUCGAGCGUUGCGGGUAAGCGAGGGGCCACUCCAGAUACCUCAUUCAAAGGGUCAAGAACCUCAAAGAGGCCGAAGAAACUACAUGGCACGAGAUAG